AGGCGAACCUACAAUUUGAAAAUAUUUGUUUUAUUUGUGUUGGAAAUCGAAAAGCAAAUGGGAGUAUAGAGUGAAGAAAGUGAGAGGAAAGAGUAUAUUAAUUGGUUCGUUACCUUGCUUGCCACCUGAAGAAUCAUACUAUUCUGUUCUGUUCCAUCACACACGUAACGUAAACCUCUCUUUCUUUUCUUUUCAGACUAAACCAACCAUUUGCAUGUGAAGUGAUGGAUUCGGAGUGGAGGAGGUAUCUGAUUGUGCGUCCUGAGAAGGGUGGUUUUGUAGAGUUAUUCCGUUAUGCUUUUCUUGGUCGUGACUUUGACCGCUUUGUCGAUGAUGAUGACCAUUCUUCAUCUUCAUCUGUUGAUUGCAAUUGGAGUUGGAGAUGGGUCAUCCUCGUUUCCAUUCUUGUUCGCAAAUUCAUCUCUUUCUUUGCUAUUCCUAUCUACUGGACUGGCUUCUUUCUUGAUUUUUUCCUCAAUCUUCUUUCCCUUAACGGUGCUUCCUUCUUUGCUCUUCUCAACAACUUCAUACAUGGAAGAGUGGUCAUACCCGACAGGGGUUCUCAAUCUUUUGUAAGUACAAUUGGUCACUUAGACGCCAGGCUUGAUCUUCAAACCACAAAUGGAAAUGGAGCCUUCCAACCACACAUGGGAAACCGUGCUUUAAUGGAUCUCUGCAUUAUGUCUUCCAAGAUAGCAUAUGAGAACCCUAAACUCAUCAAAAAUGUCGUCAACCACCAUUGGAACAUGCACUUUGUAGAUUUCUAUCAUUGUUGGAAUGAUUUCGAGAAACAGAUGUCCACUCAAGUCUUCAUCCUAUGUGACAAGCUCAAAGAUGCAAAUUUGGUAUUAGUCAGCUUUAGGGGCACUGAACCUUUUGAUGCUCAUGACUGGUCUACUGAUUUUGAUUAUUCCUGGUAUCAAAUCCCAAAUGUUGGAAAAAUCCACAUUGGCUUCCUAGAAGCCCUUGGUCUGGGAAAUAGAAAUCAACCCACCACCUUCUACUCGAAUCUCCAACGGAAAGCCAACUAUGGCUCAUUGUUCUUGGGCACGGACUCCGAUGAGGAUCAACCUUUUGUGCCUGAGAAGACACCAGCGGAGAAAACCGCAUAUGACAUUGUGAGAAGCAAACUCAGAAGCUUAUUAAAGGAGCAUAAGGAUGCAAAAUUCAUAGUUACUGGGCAUAGCUUGGGGGGAGCCCUGGCCAUAUUGUUUCCAACAGUACUUGUGGUGCAUGAGGAGAUGGAGAUAAUGGAAAGACUGCUUGGUGUAUACACAUUUGGCCAACCUAGGAUUGGGAAUAGGCAGCUUGGGAGAUUCAUGGAACCUCAUUUGGAUCGCCCUGUUCCAAAGUACUUCAGGGUGGUUUAUUGCAAUGAUAUUGUCCCCAGGUUGCCUUAUGAUGACAAAACCUUCUUGUACAAACAUUUUGGACAGUGUCUUUACUACAACAGCCACUACAUUGAAAAAAAUGUGAAGGAGGAGCCGAACAGAAAUUUCUUCGGAAUGAGAUUCAUAUUAUCACAACAUUUGAAUGCUGUUUGGGAGUUAGUUCGAGGCUUGACAAUGGGUUACGUUGAAGGAGCAGAGUAUAAGGAAGGGUGGUUUCGCAUACUGGUAAGAAUAAUUGGACUGGCACUUCCUGGUUUUUCGGCUCAUUGUCCCACAGAUUAUGUCAACUCUAUCAGACUUGGGAAGGAAAGCUCCAUUCACAUGUCUUCUAUCUAAGAAUUCUAAGAAGAUCUCUCAUGUGUUAUGUCGGCCUUGUUCUCUGUUCCCGAAUGUUGCUCGGUUUGUCAGGUGUCUAAAAUUCAUACAUGAACCCCUUAUGGCUGUGGUUCUUUUCUUUUGCAAGAUAUAUAUUUUUUUAGGGGUUCCUAUGCAAGAUAUUGUUAUCCCUAUUAUGUGAUUUUUAUGUUGGUGAUGAAGAGUAUGCUAUAAUUACUACCAGGUAAAAAUUUGAAAUUGAAAUAAAUGUAUCCGUGGCAAGUUUUUGUUUAA